AUGACGGAACAGAAAAAGGCGAGUAUUCAAAUCCAUGAGCACACCGUGGAUCGUUCAUUGGAAAACCCGACACCACCGAGAAUUUCCGCUGCCAGAAGUCCUAAUCGAGCGGCGACAGGAGUUGUAAACCGAUCGCAACAUGAGCACACCGUGGAUCGUUCAUUGGAAAACCCGACACCACCGAGAAUUUCCGCUGCCAGAAGUCCUAAUCGAGCGGCGACAGGAGUUGUAAACCGAUCGCAACAUGAGCACACCGUGGAUCGUUCAUUGGAAAACCCGACACCACCGAGAAUUUCCGCUGCCAGAAGUCCUAAUCGAGCGGCGACAGGAGUUGUAAACCGAUCGCAACAUGAGCACACCGUGGAUCGUUCAUUGGAAAACCCGACACCACCGAGAAUUUCCGCUGCCAGAAGUCCUAAUCGAGCGGCGACAGGAGUUGUAAACCGAUCGCAACAUGAGCACACCGUGGAUCGUUCAUUGGAAAACCCGACACCACCGAGAAUUUCCGCUGCCAGAAGUCCUAAUCGAGCGGCGACAGGAGUUGUAAACCGAUCGCAACAUGAGCACACCGUGGAUCGUUCAUUGGAAAACCCGACACCACCGAGAAUUUCCGCUGCCAGAAGUCCUAAUCGAGCGGCGACAGGAGUUGUAAACCGAUCGCAACAUGAGCACACCGUGGAUCGUUCAUUGGAAAACCCGACACCACCGAGAAUUUCCGCUGCCAUAAGUCCUAAUCGAGCGGCGACAGGAGUUGUAAACCGAUCGCAACAUGAGCACACCGUGGAUCGUUCAUUGGAAAACCCGACACCACCGAGAAUUUCCGCUGCCAUAAGUCCUAAUCGAGCGGCGACAGGAGUUGUAAAUCGAUCGCAAAUGUAA